ACAACCUCAUUCGAAUUUGAAAAAUUUUUAGUAGAGUUUAGGAUCCCCUCUCGUCUAAUAACAUGCGCUUGGAAAAAUUCGAAUCCCCUCUCAUCCCACCUCAUACGUCAACAAAAAAUUCAAGGUACGUGAUUCGCAUUUUCCGCCGCAGUUGAAAAUAGAAAUCUGCGAUGCGAAACGCUUUUUGAUUUUUGGUCCAAAAAAAAAUGAGUGACUGCGGAAGUAAUAGUCUCGAACAAUUGAGAUAUCAAGUUUAUUAUGCUGCUAAGAAAGGUAUGCCGAAUUAUUUGUAUACCCUUCUUUCUGAUAUUAAAAAGUCGGAAAUUAAUGACCUAUUAAAUCAGAAAGUUGUUGAUGGGGGCACUGAUAAGUGCACCCCUCUAAUUAUAGCAUCAAAAUAUGGGUACGACAAAGUUGUUCGAAUGCUGCUGACAAAGUUUAACCCAAAUAUUGAAGAAGAAGGUGUAGUGAAGUUUGAUGGUUAUGUAGUUGAAGGAGCUAGUGCUUUGUGGUGUGCAGCCUGUGCAGGCCAUUUACAUGUGGUUAAAACUCUUGUUAGAGCCGGAGCAAAUGUCAAUCAUCCCACUAAAACGAAUUCUACUCCUUUAAGAGCAGCCUGUUUUGAUGGGCGACUUGAUAUAGUCAAAUACUUAGCUUGUCACAAGGCUGAUAUUCAUAUAGCAAACAAAUAUAACAACACCUGCCUCAUGAUUGCAGCAUAUAAGGGACAUUUAGAUGUAGUCAGUUUUCUACUCGAAAAUGGAGCAAACCCAAAUGAAAGAGCAUUAUGUGGGACAACAGCUUUACAUUUUUCCGCAGAAUCUGGUCAUUUGGAAGUUGUGAAAGAGUUAAUGAGUUAUGGAGCACAAUUUUAUUCGAGUGAUGCUGGAAUGACUCCUAUAAAAUCUGCUGCUGAAAGAACACAGUAUAAAAUAGUUGAGUUUUUAUUAGAUCAAUCAGAUAUUACUAAAGAAGAACAAAUUGAAGCAUUAGAACUAUUAGGAGCUUCAUUUGCCAAUGACAAGGAAAACUAUGACAUAGUAAAGGCAUAUAAGUACAUGCAUAUGUCUAUGGCACUCAGGUACAAUGAUCCAAAUCAUGUGAUAAAAAAACGGGAGUUGCCACCUAUCCCAGCAUAUGAAAAUUGGAUUGAAUGUCGAAACUUGACUGAACUUGAACUUAUUCAAGGUAAUUCAAACAGUCUACAUAUGGAAGCAUUGACAAUAAGGGAAAGAAUUUUGGGAAUUCACAACCCAGAAGUUCCUCAUCCAAUAAUUUAUAGGGGAGCAGUUUUUGCUGAUAAUGCCAGGUUUGAUAGAUGCCUGGAGCUAUGGCUUCAUGCAUUAAAACUUAGGCAGACAAACAACAUUUCCGUUGUUAAGGAUCUCCUGAGAUUUGCUCAAGUCUUUUCACAAAUGUUACAUGUUGGAGUGCAACUAACAUAUGAACAUGUAACAGAAGUCUUAUCAGCUGCCAUAGUAGAACUAGAAAGAAAUAAAAACAAAGUAUGCAUACUGAAUGCAGAGGAUCUUAAAUCACAUGAGGACGACAUUGAAAGCAAUCUCACAAUUACUUUGUACCUGCUUACGAUUUUAACAAAAUUAUUUAAGAAAUGCAAUGACGAGGAAACAUUUAAUGUUCAACGAAUGGUGUUUUUAUUAAAUCAAAUGAAUAUCAAACUUAGAGAUGGACAAACUCUUCUGCAUUUGGCUUGUAAUUCGGAAACUCCUGUAGAUGACUUUCAUACAAAUGAUGUGUGCAAAUUUCCUUGUGCUGAGACCGCCAGGUUAUUAAUUAAAUGUGGAGCUGAUGUAAAUGCAAUGGACAACGAAAGAAAUACACCUCUUCAUAUUAUUGUCAACUACCAUAAUGCCAUUUCUGAUUUUACGACUUUGCAUUCAAUUAUUACUGAUUUAGCAAAAAAUGGUGCACAUGUGGAUAUAGUAAAUAAUAAAGGAGAAACUCCCUUGGAAUCCUCCACAACAGGUGUAGCAGAGAUAAUACUCAAAACACAUAUUAAAUUAAAUUUAAAGUGCCUGGCUGCAAAUGCCAUUAAAAUCAAUCAUGUUCCUUAUCAGGGACAAGUACCCUCAAGUUUGGAAGAGUUUAUUGAGCUUCAUGGAAAAGGAGUGGAAAGAUUGAAAAACGAUGGAAGGUGCUAAUGAUUAAUGAUUAACUUUUAUAGGGUUAAAUUGUAAAUUUUGUAAAAAAUUGUUUUGCAUAAAUGUUUUAUUUUAACAGUUUUUAUAAGUGAUGAAAAAAUGUUCUUUCCUCUUUUUCUUCAAUUUUAUUUUAAGUUUAUUUGAAUGGCUGUGUUAAUUUCAAUGACAAAUAAUCAAAAGUAAUCUCAAUGCCUUUUAUUUCUAGUUACUUUUCUCAUAGGGUCAUAGCCGUUGAGUUUUUGGGCGACAAUAUCAUCAAUUAUUGGAUGUUUUUUUAUGUUAUCUCAGAGCUUUCAACAGCGAACUGCUAUAUGCGAUUUUUACAAUGCAUCUCACGAAAUAAUACUAUUAUGCAAAUUAUUCUUCAACGCGGCGCAUUUUCAGAAUUCCAAAUAAAAGUAAGUUAUAUCUUAAAAAGUAUUUUUUAUACAUUUUUUUAUCAAUUUAGUAAAUGUUUAUGUCAAAUAAAGGUCACUUGCUGUUUAUUUUACUCUGUGAUGGCGCUUUCUACAAGUGAUUCACUUCUUCAAGUUUUCUUUAUAAGUUUACGUGUUAGCCACUUCAUACUAAUUGUUAUUAACAAAAAAUAAUCUUUCUGUAAA